GGUCCGAAUUUUAGGGAGGAACGCCCGACUCCACCGUUAUCCAAUCUCCACGGGAAGGAGCAGCAGAGGGAAACGACUCUCUUCUAUGUGUUCGGUCGGUGGGAGUUGACGGGUAAGCGAGGGACUCUGGCGUCCCAACAUCUAUCUGUGUCGUCCACAAGGCUGUUCCCCUGGCCUUCACUGGUUUCUGGGUUCCGCUCUUUUUGUCUGUUCGUUCUGUCACGUGUUCGUUCCCGCUCUUCUCCCUUUUCGUAGAUUGUUCAGCAUUCGUUGGAUAUCUGGUUCUCUCUGCGGCUUGCUGGCGCUCCUGCCCACCUCUGUGGCCCCUACCCAGAAGCCAGAGGGAGCAAAGGAGAGAGAAGAAGCUAAGAGGAGAGAGUGGGACCGUGAGAGAGAAGGUUUGGAGCACUUGGAAGAGGAAAAGAAGGAGCUUGGUGGAGCUUCUGAGGCUCACGAAAGAGGAAGAAUGAGUAGUUCACCGGAUAAGGGAGAAGCUAUCGAGUCUGUGGAGCAAAUUCCGUCCGCUAAGGACGCGGAUGUUGUCUCUGUCGAGCUGCCUGCCCCCAAUGGAUGGUUCAAAAAGUUUAUUCCGAAGAAGGGAGGAACACCAAGGAGAAGUGAGAUUGUUUUUAUCUCACCAACUGGUGAGGAAAUCAGGAGCAAGAAGCAGCUGGACAAAUACCUCAAAGAACACCCUGGGAGCCCUUCUUCUACAGAAUUUGAUUGGGGGACUGGUGAUACACCUAGACGGUCUGCUAGAAUCAGUGAAAAGCUCAAGGCAGCAGAAACACCUGAACAUGAGCCUCCUAAAAAGCGUGCAAGGAGCUCAUCAAGCUCAAAGAAGGUUGGCAAGAAGAAAGGCAAUGAAGAAGCAGAAGGCCCAAAUGAGGAGGAAGAUGCAGUUGUUGAAACAGAAAAUGGAGCUAGCAAGGAUGUGGAAAUGUCAGAUGCUUUCAAAAGUGAUGAUGAAGCUGAGAAACAUGCUGGAGAAGAUGCAACAGAUAAGGAUGACAUUAAGCAGGGUGGCAAGAAGCCACUUGAAGAUGGGAAAAUAGAUUUAAAAGACAAGGAAGAAGAUGACACGGAGAAGCCUAUCGAAGUUGGUGAGGUAGAUCUCAAGAAAGAAGAAGAUAAGGACAAGCCAGUUGAGGACGAUAAGGUAAACCUUGAAGAGAAGGAAGAAGAUAACAAUGAGAAACUAGUUGCAGAUGGUAAGGUAGAUAUCGGGGAGAAGGAAGAAGAUAACAAACAGCCAGUUGAAUACAGUGAGAAAGGUAUCGUGCAGAAGGACGAAGAUGACGAGGAGAAGUCCAUUAAACACAGUGAGGAAGAUCUCCAGGAUAAGAAAGAAGAUGACAAGGAGAAGCCAGUUCAAGGCUGUAAUGAAGAACUUAAAGAGAAGUUGCUUCCCCAGCCGGAGAGUCUGACUGAUGAAAAGGUAGAGGAAAGGACAGCUAAUAGUGAAGUCAGUAAGGAAGUUCAACCGUUAGCAACUGACUUGAAUAUGGAGCAGUCGUCGGAGAAAGAUAAUAAGGGUGCUGACCCUUCAUUUCCAUCAAAGGACGCCUCCACGGAGGCGACAGAAAUUGCUCCACUUGAAAAUGAUGAGAAGACAGAUGAGAGCUCGGAGGAGGUCCAAGAAAAACAUUCCUUGAGCAAUGAAGACGGCCAGCAAGCCCCCACAACAUCAACAACCAACUGCUGAAAUCAUCCAAGGAAACGUUCUUGUUCUUCUUUCUAGUUUCUGUGUCUGUACUGUGUUCUCUUUACAAUUGUCCCAGAACUCUAGUCGAUAGCAUGACCCAGGCACUCACAGCUUUUCCUACCCCUGAACUACGAUUCCAUUUCUAUCAGACGGAAGGCCUAUAUUGUAGGUUACAACAUGUACUGUUAUUUAGGAACCUGGAAAUUCCUCAUCUCUAACCUUCAAAUGGAUAUUUAACAUUCAAUAUUUUUGGUUCUUUUAUUGCAUAACCUAAAGCCUGUUGGAUGGCAGCAAUUGCUAAUGCUUGUGGCUAACUGAGAUCAGUAUCAUCUGGAUUUGUAUCCAUAUUGCCUGGAAUACAGUUCUUUGUUGAAAUAAUCGCAUAAUUUACUCAA